CGCAGGGGACUCCGACAGGCUCCGGGGAGCCAGCAGGCCGGGUGGUCGGAGUGUGGGCCUCGAAGUUGGAAUGGACCUGGCUGCUUUGGCCAGCCCCUCACCCCUCUGAGCCAGUCCUGUCAUCUGUAAUAAUAUCAUGGCCCAGGGCCUAGCCUGUGGUAAGUGCUCCUCAGGGGAUAGCUGCCGUUGUGAAGGGCUGGGCCAGACUCUCCCCCUAAUACCAGUCCUCCGUUUAGUCAAGCAAGUGGGGCAGUUAAAAGCACGAACUCUGCGCCGGUAGCCUGGGUGCCACCUACCGGCUAGACAGCUGUGAGCACGUUUUAAAGCCUUACGUGCCUUUGUUUCCUCACUGUGAAAUGGGGCUAAUUACCUGCUUCCUUGGGUUAUUGUAAGAAAUAAAUUGUUAAUGCAUGUAAAACACUUAGAACAAUCUAACAAUUCGCACGUAAAUAAGCACCCAGUGAGUAUUGGCUAUUCUUACUCACUUCACUAUCAUUACUCAUACAACAUAACCCAUCCAUCUGGUCAAGGUUCUGUACAUUUGGCAGGGAGUUCCUACUCGGUGUAACGGGGGCUCCUAGGGCUCCAGGGAACCCUUACCCCUUCAGCUAAAUUCCACUCUUGAAGUUCUGCUCAGAACUCCCUGGGAGUGAUUAUUUGGUAGCUCCCUCGGCCAGUGACAUCUUUGCUCCCUAGGCAUUGAGCUGAGCUCGGAGUCAAGGCCAGAGGCAGGCCGACCCUGCGCGCCCUGGGCUCCUCUGAUUACUGCAUCAGGGCGGACAUGGAGCACAAGGCUCCAGGCUGAGUGUUGGGAGCCCUGGUCCCGCCCUGGCGCUGCCGCUCCUUACUGGGUGACCUCAAACAGCAGGCCUCCUGUCGGAGCCUGAGAGUCUCCAGGAGAGUGAGGACACCCAGCCCAUUGUCUCCUGAAGUACGGUUCACGUGAGCAUGGCGAUUGUAGGGGUACCCCGAAGAAUACUUUUUAUUCCAAUAGUUCUGUAAUUAUUUUAAUGAGUAUUAGGGAAAACACGCAAUCAGCACAUAAACUUCGUGAGUUCAAGGAAAUUGGUGCUAAGGACAAGUGAGAAGGGGGGAAGUGAGUGCAUAUGAAGAAAAUAUUAGCAAAACACUCAGUACAAAUGGCAGAAAUUUGGAAGAAACUGGGUGCUGAUGAUGCUGGUUUGGGACCCCUGAAGUGGUCACUCUCUCAAGCACCUUCAGACCUGACAUCUGUAAACCACCCAAUCUCCCUAGAUUUCAGUCUCCCACUGGUUGAAUGGGGUGGGGUCGGGAGGGGGGUGAAUGAGCAGCGAGGGAGGGUCUUCUCCAGCUUCUGCUGGUGCAGUGGGGCCAGGGGAGCUCAGAGCAGGCACCAAGGGGACCCAUGCCUGGAAACCCUGGACCUGGCCCCCACCGAAGGACACUACAGCGUAGUGGUCAGAGGCCUAGACGCGGGAGCCAGGCCGCCCGGGUCCCAGUCCCAGCGCUGGCUCUAGCCAGCUGUGUGAACUUCAGCAAAUUAAUCUGUCUUCGAUUCUUCAACCGAGAAGUGGGAAUAGCAGCUUAUCUCGCCGGGUGUUGGCAGGGCUUGGUGUGUGUGUGUGAGCGGAACAGAGCCUGCAAGAAAUAAGUGCUCAGUGGUGUUUGUAACCACGUGAGGGAAUGGAGUGUCUUCCCCUGCUGCUGAGAGGGGUCCCAUAGGCUCCCCAGGGACUUUGUGGAAAGAAACAGUAUGGGAUUCAUGGCAGAGGUGAGGGUGACGAGGCAGGGGCUAGAACACGGGUCUCCUGGCUUCUACGGCGUCUAAGUCAGUAAGCUUUGCCAGAGCGGGAGACUUGCUUUGCAGAAGGCUAAGCUAGCUGGCUGUGUGUCUUGGGCAAACCCUGCCCUCUCUGGGUGCCAGUUUCUGUGGCCUGGGUGGCUUCCAAGAGGCCUCUCCGGCUCUGGCAUUAGGCAGUUUUGUGGAAUAGCCUUCUGCUGCCCUGAAGUCCCCAGUGGACACACGGUAGCCCCCAAUCCGGCAGUGUGAGUCAGCGUCCUGCCCAGCCCUGGAACUGUGUCCCCGGAGGGCCACUGCACCCCUCUUAGUCCCCAAUUCAUCCCUAGGAGUGCCCAGUGAUCACAACAGCUCCCAACACCCCAACUGGUGUCAUCAAGCCACUCCAGAGAGAGGGGUGUCUUCCCCUAAGCAUAAGGCUGCCCCCAUGAGAAGAGACUCCCUGUGCCUCUCAGGGCUUUGUACCCUGCACAUUCAGGAGGCAUUUCCUAAACUCUAAUUCAAGUCCCUCCUGGGCACCGAUUUCCAUUUUAGAGGCUCUCGGAGCCUCCCUGCCAGCAGGGGCCAGGUGGGCCGUCCCCCCCUUGGCCCUCAGCUGGACAGCACCCGGAGAGGACAGCAUCUCCACUUGCCCUUGGCUCCAGCUGGAGCUGCAUUUGUCUCACUUGGACUCAGGGCAGCCAAUCACAGGAGGCCAAGAGUGGCCCUCUCUCCUCCUUGGGAGUGGAUCCCAGAUCAGAGGAGCCCCCCACCCCCACCGCCCUCCUCCCUCCCCUUCUGGGUGUGUCGCCGUUUGAAGCUUAAUCAGGAAAGUGUACCUGGCUCCUGGUGCUGUGGCAGGGAAGCCGGGCCAGAGGCUGCCGAAGGCACCACAGGGCAGGUGGGCAGCACCGGAGAUCCCUCUGUCUCCCUGAAGGCCCACGAGCCACAGAUCUCUGUGAGCGGCAGCAGCGGAGUGCUCCCCAGAGAGGUAACUGCAAAGGUCGGGGCUGAGGGAUGUGUCUGAGUUUUGUCCCGAAACAGUUCUGGCCACACCGGGCCUGGAGGAGUGAGGCUGGGAACAGUUUACUCAGGGCUUAGUCACCCCUGAUGGCUUUCCUCCCCAAAGGAAAGGAAAGCAGAGCCAAGCCACCUGCUGGCUGGUGUUUCGGCACCCAUCUCUGGGGGGAGAAGGCGAGAUUAGCUGUGCUGCCAAGGGCUUUGCCACCAACUGGGAAUUUUUCUGUGGACUUGAUCUUGGGAGAGUCUACUGCCACUAGGUUUAGCCCAAUGCCUGAUGCCUGCCAGUGCCCAGAGACUAAAGUAUGGGUUUUCUGGGUGGAAAUCAGCUGGGGGAAAGGUCUCCUGGAAAUCAGCUAAAAUGUGAAGGGUCUGGGCAGAGGAGAGCUUGGUCCUGUGUCUGAACAUGGGAGCAAGCUGGAGGUGGUGCAGGGCAGUGGUUAGGGGCAUGGCCUCUGGAGCAGAGGGCCUGAGUCAAAUCCCAGAUCCACCACUUAGUAGCUGUGUGGCCACAGGCCAUUUGCUUACCUGGGUCUCUGCCCUGUCACCUUUGAAGUGGGUCAGUAAUAUCUACCUCACAGCACUGCUGUGAGAAUCAAAUGAGAGAAGUGCUUAGACCAGUGCUUAGCACAGAGUAAGUUCUAUUGAAGUAUUUAGUUUUUUAAAAAAUUCUGCUAUUUCCUAGAACUGUGAUCUCACUGAAGCUCUCCGAGCCUCAGUUUCCCUGUCUGCAACACAGGGAAGAAAAGUUAGCAUGAGGGGAUUAAAUACAUUGCUAGCACAUGGUAGGUGCCCAAUAAAUUGCAGCCCCCUUCCCUGUGAAGUGAGCCAAGAUCCUGUCCCUGUUAAACACUGUCUUUCUUCUGUUUGGCUCCUAUGCUUUUGAUCCUGCUGCCAGAGGAAGCAGUUUGGACUGAAAAGUUUUGUAUUUUCAGGCCCGGAAGGUCUGUAUAGCUGCUCCUCCACAGGCCUGAGACAAACUAGACUGGCCCUGAGCACCUGUGUCCCCGCAGCGUUCUGUGGAUCACGUGGGCGGUGCUCACAGAUGACCACGCGCUCGGCCACUGAAUCGCCCCUCCACUAUUAGGCUCCUUCUGGGGCACCUCCCGGGUGUCAGGAGCAGCACUGGCCCUGCGGGAUGCUGGGGUGCAGAAGGCACCAUCCUGCCUUGCUCCUUGAGAGACCAAGAUGCAAACAUGGAGCAAGGUCAUCAGCAAGCAGAGAGAUUGGUCCCCAAACCAAUGAUGGCUACUGAGGGACCGACACGUAAAGGCUUCAGGAUGCAGGGGAGAAAGAGAAAGACUAAACAGAAUGCGAGGGGCAGGAAAGUCUGCAUGGACAAGGACAGACUCCAGCUGGUUCCAGAGGAGUUGAGUUUGAAUGGGUGGAAAGGCAGGGCUGAUGCUCUGGGGUGGGAGUGACCUGGGCAUCGUGGGGAGAAGGCAGAGGCUGGAGUGGAGACAUGGGUCACACUGGCGGUGGGGGCUGAUUGGGUGAUGGGCUGAGAGAGAAGGGAGGAGGAGGAGGAGGACGGCACACUGCUGAGGACCUUCGGUGCCGGGCAAGGGAGUGUGCGCUUGUCGGAGCUAUACGUUGUCUAGAUGGGGGGGCAACACGAUCGAAGUCACGCUAAGGAGGCACUGGUUCUGUACCCCUGGAGGAUUUGCGUGGGGCAGGACUAGAGCCUGGAGAGCAGUUUCCAGCCACAGUGGCGGCAUCAGAUGUCGCGGGGCACUGACCGGGCAGGCAACACCCCACGACGUUCUCCCCCGGGGCCUCCCGGACCCGCCCAGUGACCCUAGGGAGUGAUGCCACUGCUGUCUCCCACCCACAGAAGAGAAGAUAGAACAGGGUGGCUCGGGCUGCUUGAGCUGGGAAGUGGCAAAGCCAAGAUCCCAAGCCACAGUUGGCUGGCCCCAGAGUCCCUGAUCGAAUGCCAAGUUUUGACAGGAUGCAGAGAGAGAGCACCAGCUGUGUUUAAGACAGGGCUCAGCGUGUGGAGAGACAGAUCCAGAACCCUGGUGACCAUGCGUGCCGGGAGCCAUCGGGACCUCGGCCACCAGGGGGAAGGACCCGGGGUGGGGAGGGGGGAAGACACCUUCCUCGCAGGGACACCCCGACAUCAAUGAGAUCCCACGCGUGGAGCAUCGCCGGUACAAAGCGACAUUACUUUGCGUCCCCUCCCUCACUGCAGACCCUGUUCCUGGAGCCCCAUGGCGGGAAGUCACUCCCCACCUACAAACUCUCUGAAUCUGACUGGGAGGGGCAUCAGGGAACCUCAGACUUUUGUUCUGUGGCCCGAAGGGAUUUUUUUUACCCAUCACCUACAAGGGCAACUCUCUUCUGUGGCAAAGGGGGCGAAAGUCUCUUUUUCCUCUGUUCCCUGAGUCGGCAGUGAUAGGGGCCCUGAAGCCCAGGUCUCAGCCUGAGGUGGGUGCUGGGCUGAGGGCAGGCGGCCCCGGGAGGCAACCGCCACCCUCAUGGCUGAGUGGGUGGUUCGGGAGAGCAGCCCUCUCGGGGGCAUCCGCCUGGUGCCCCCUCAGCCCGCGUCCCCAACCUGCAGCCGACUCGUCGCCAUUGGGGGAAGCUCAGGCCCAGCUCCAAUUUCCCGGUCCGAGCUCUCCUGCAGAAUUGCCUGGUUGAUGCUCCCCGUGCUUUAAGGCAUCCCUAGGAUGAUUUUCCUUCCUCGUUCUUGUCUCGGAAACGAGCACUGAUUAAUCACAAGAGUUCGGAAAUGCUCUCAAGCACCUACUCUGUGCGGGCAACGGUCCGAACAGGAAUCAGGGCAACUUGCAUUUGGGAGCAGCUGGUUUUCCUUCAGCCGGGGGAAUCAGGUUAAAUACUGGGCUCCCAUCAGCAUUUUGACCAGGGUCCCUUCCCUUUGCCUUUCAUUCCCCAGCUGCCCUCCUGCAACCUGAACACCACCCCCACCCCCACCAUGAGGUCGUUGGGCUCCUUCGAGCUAUUUCUGCUCACACCCUCUCUGAAGGCUAGGGAAGGAGCAGCUUUGUCUGAUGCUACGGUUUGCCCACCGGUCACGUUAGUACCUACUAGUUGCUUUGGAUUUGGAGGAGUCCAGAUGUCCUGGCUUCUAGACUGUAGCGUCUUUCUUCCGCAUUUUGGGUGUCACUGACAGCAGGGGGCAAGGGUGGGAGUGUGGGUAGAAAGAGCAAUGACUGCAAUGCUCUUUAUCUCUUUUGAAUUUUGGUUUUACUCAAUCUCUUAGGCUGUUAAAAGAGACUCACCCCUGGACAGAAUGAUGAUGCCUCGCCAGUCCCAAGGUGUAUGCCAGUUUCUCUUAAGUGCCAAGUUUAAUAUUUAUCAGCUUUGUGACCUUAGGAAAGUUACUUUACCUCUCUGUGCUUCAGUUUCCUACCUGCAAAAUAAGGAUUAUUAGAGUACCUACCUUGAAGUGAGGAUUAAAUCACUGGCCGUGUGUGUGUGUGUGUGUGUGUGUGUGUGUAAACAAGUACACGUAUCCGUGUCAUUUACAAUAGUGGCCAAUACAUGGAGGAAAUCUUAUAUACAAGUUAGCUAUUGUUUCUGGUCCAGCCGUACUCUGAAUUCCAAGCUCUCAACAGCUCUUGAGCCAGCAGGUCCCUGUUUCUGAAGGUAAAUCUAGCGAGUCCCUUGGUGAUAAAAUGCAAGAAUGAGGUUUUCCCGAAGUUCAUAGCAGGAUUGCAAGGAUGUUUGAGAAAUCUUCCUGACCCCUUAGCUCUCGCCUUUCCAACAUGUAGAGAGAGAUGGUAUCCAAUUGGUGGCUGCUUCUUUUAAAAUGGCCUUUUGUAAUGAUAAUCCUUUUACAUUUGUCUGGAACUUUAUCAUUCACAGAGUGAUUUUACAAACUUAGCCAUUUGAUCACCAAAUAGAUCAGGCAUACAUUCCUGCUCCCACGUCCCAGUUCUGGGAAAAAUCAGGAACAGACCUGAGGUCGUAGCACAGUGCGUUUUCCUUCACAUCAUGCUGGGUGUCUUUACCUUCUCUAAACUCCUUUUGCUUUCACUUCUCUGGUGGGAUUUCUCCCUGCAAGUACUGUAGUGAGUGGUGCUUACUCAGGAGCCCAAACACCUGGAUAUGAAUCUCAGCUCUGUCCUGUACCAGCUGUGUUACCUUGGGCAAGUUACUUAACCUCUCUGAGCCUUCUCGUCCUCUCCUGUAACACAGGAUAUGGUCAGCGCUAGCCUUCCUGGCCUGUAGGGAGAGCACACUGAGAACCAUGUCCGGCACAUGGGAGAGCGCUAGUUAUGUGAUGGGCCCUGUUACGAACAUGCAGUCCUUCCUUCCUCUGCCAAGCUGGGGACAGCAGCUGCGGCUGUCCUAUGCUGAGCGCCCCCCGACAGCAGGCUUCCUGGAAGGAGCUCAGGAGAUGUUCGGGGGGUGAAUUGACAGGUAGUAGGACACAUGCUGUACCAACCUCACCCAACCCUGGUACAUUGCGCCCAAGCUGUGUGACACUAAGCAGCUCUCUUCUCCUCUCUGAGCCUCAGUUCCCUCUUCUGGAGAUAGAAGUGUGAGGGGGCGGUGAGGGUUACACAAGACAGGGAGAGCAGAGCAGCAAGCGAAGUAUCAGACAUCAGAAGGCGCCUAAUCCCCGUUAGGCUUCCUUUCUGCACUCCUUUCCUCUUCUUGGAGAUCCCCAGCCGAGUGACGCCAUGCUUGAGCCCGUGGCUCCGUCAGCCCAUGCCAAAGCUCUGCCAUGCUGCUCUCUUACUGGGAUGCUGCUCUCUUACUGCCAUGCUGCUCUCUUACUGCCAUGCUGCUCUCUUACUGGGAGUGGCGCACUCAGGUUGCUCGGGAGCAACCAGAGCUUUCCAAAACCUGGGGCGGGAACGGUGGCGUGGCGGGCAGUGUGAGGCUAGGCCGCUCUGGGGCUGAGGCCACAGCAGCACUGCCUUGUCCGGUACCGGGUGGGGGGGGGGUGCCAGAGGGGCUGAGAUCAGCCUGCACAAGCUCCGCUUCUGCCCAGAGGAUAAGGCCAUUUCCAACCCUCCAAAAGCACUAUGAGGGCCUGUGGUCACUGGGCCUGGCUGCCCCUUCCUUGGUCAGAUCCAGUGAAAUAUCAUUGAGAUGCUGAAAUGAUACGUUACACAGGUAUUUGGGGGUGUUGCAUAUGAAUAUGGUGGGAGUGGUGAGGUUAUCCUUCUAGAAAGAGUUAUAGGCUAUAAGACACACUCCCAAGGGAGGUUAUGACAUUUCUUAAAAAAGACAAAGUACAGGGAUGCCUGGGUGGCUCAGUCGGUUAAGCGUCUGCCUUUGGCUCAGGUCAUGAUCAGCGGGGAGCCUGCUUCUCCCUCUGUCUGUUGCUCCCCCUGCUUGUGCUUUCUCUCUCUCUCUCCCUGAUAAAUAAAUAGAAUCUUAAAAAAAAAAAAAAGGCAAAGUACAUAUUUAUCCUGGAGAUUUAAGGUACAAUUCCCUGAAAAGUAUUCCAUUUGAUGUUAGCAGUCUUGAGGGAAAAAGAAGUGUUUUGAUGUCCAUUUGGGAAUUUCUGAGUUAACCAAAAACAGCUUUCUUUACUACAGGACUUUCUCUGGGAUGCUAAUGAACCCUGUGAAUCUCCCAGAAAGGGAAUGAAGGGGGCUGCAUUUCUCAAAGUAUUUGACCAUGGAGCUUCUGGGAAAAGUUUUAUUGACAGCCUUGCUGGAGGCUGGGGAAUGUGCAAGACGACAGCACAAAGCCAAUGAGUUCUGUCAUUAAAAAUAUUUUUUAAAAUUAACUCGUCUCUACACCCACUGUGGGGCUCGAACUCACAACCCAGAGAUCAAGAGUUGCAUGCUCCACCGACUGAGCCAGCCAGGGCCCCCACUCUGUCAUUUUGAGUGCUUGGUUUCCUUAUAAAUUCUCCCGGGUUUUGGCAGCAGGGGUGGCGGGGCUCUGGAAGAAGUCUUGAGUCAGGUGCUGAGAAGCACCAUCUUGGAUCUGUCAACUGUAGGAAUCUCUCUGAGUGGUGGGAGGAGCAAAGGACCAUGAACUCACUUUCCCCAAAGCCACUGCUGAAGCCGUGUGUUCCAUGUUCAGCCAGCUUCUGACCUCAGACUCCCCUUUCUGGCUCCAGUCCCAGUGAAGACAGUGAGAGAAGCCACAAAGCAGCUUCCUGGAGCCUCGGAGAGGCCGUGUGUAACUGAGCCCUGCCCUGACAAGCCCAGCUUGCUGCCUAGACCCCCGGCCAGUUAUUCAACAAGACUUUGUGCCAUGUCUGCUGCAGGCCAGGAGCCGGGCCAGGCUCUGCGCACACGGAAGUGAGAGAAUAGACACUUCCGGUAAGUGCCGAGAAGGAGAAGCCCAGGACGGGGUGGGAGGGUGCAGCCUGGAUCUGCAGGCCUGCGGCACAGAAGGCUUUGGUGCUUGCUGUGGAAGUCCCAGCAACACCCAAGUCCCUUGGAAUCGGAUUCAUUUCCUCAGGAAAGAGUUACCCCCUUGGUAGGCUUGCGGUGGCCACUGUGCUAGUUCAAUAAACAGUCUUUGAGCCCCUUAGAUGGAAGGCCCUAGAAGGUUCCAUCAUAAGAUCUGAUCCCCACUCUCAAAGGAAAUGACAUCAUCAGGCCCCCCCUUUUUUUUUUAAAGUUUUAAUUUAAACUCCAGUUAGUUAACAUACAGGGUAAUACUAGUGUCAGGUGUACAACACAGCGACCCAGCACUUCCAUACAAUGCGAGGUGCUCAUCACAAGUGCACUCCUUAAUCCCCAUCACCUGUUUCCCCAUCCCCGUGCCCCUUUCCGGCUGCUAACCAGCAGUUUGUUCUCUGGAGUUAAGAGGCUCUUUCUCGGUUUGCCUCUCUCUUUUUUUUCCCCUUUGCUCAUUUGUUUUGUUUCUUAAAUUUUCCAUGAGUGAAAUCAUAUGGUAUUUGUCUUUCACUGACUGACUUAUUGCUCUUGGCAUUACACCCUCUAGCUCCAUCCAUGUUGUUGCAAAUGGCAAGAUUUCAUUCUUUUUUACAGCUGAGUAAUAUUCCAUUGUAUAUAUGUACCACCUCUUCUUUAUGCAUUCAGCUAUCAGUGGACAGACACUUGGGCAGUUUCUAUCAUUUGGCUAUUGUAGAGAAUGCUGCUAUAAACUUCGGGGUGCACGUAUCCCUUUGAAUUAGUAUAUUUGUAUUUUUAGGUAAAUCUAGUAGUGUGAUUGUUAAAUCGUAGGGUCACUGGGCACUUUUUAUAAGCCGGCCCAGGAGGUGUUUUUUGGUUACUUUUUCUCAUUUGAUUCUCACAUAUUACUCUUAAUCUCCUGUGAGGGAUGUUGAAUUAUCUCCAUCUGUGGAAAGCAGGCCGCAGAGAGGUCCCCCAGCCAUGAAAGGGUGAACACAGAAACAUUUCCCUGAGCUGAGCCGGCACACUCCUCACAGCAGCCGACGGUUUGUGGCCCCGGGCAGCGGGGGGAUCCCCCAGGCGGUGAGGAACAAGAACCCGGUGCCCGUGGCCCCAAGUAUGAAGUCCCAGGGUUAGUGCCUUUGGGAGGUGCCCAUGCUGGGCUCAGGAGGAGGCGGGGUGCCGAGGCCUGCUGCCCUGCCCAUGGGCGCCACGGAAGAAGGCAGGGGUCCCUGGAGUUGUGCGGCCCCGCGGCAGGAUCGGAGAGGGUGCCGCUGAGACUCUGCCAGGAGCCACACUAGGCCACGGCAAUGACUCCUGGCAGGGAGAUCUCGGAGGCCACUCCAAAGGGCGAAGAGGAGCCCUAACCCAUCCUGGUACCCCAGGGUUGCUGCUGGCGAUGUGACUCGUCCCUGUGGUCAGGACCGCGCAGACCCCAGGCAGGGGCGUCUCGGGGAGGGUCUCACUCUGGGUCCAGCUCCACGCGGCACCAUGAACAAUAACUUCUGCCGGGCCCUGGUGGACCGGCGCCCCCUGGCGCCCCCCAGCUGCAUGCAGCUGGGCGUCGUGCCCCCUCCUCGCCGGGCGCCCUUGCCCCCCGCCGAGCCCCUGGGCAACGUGCCCUUGCUGCUGUACCCGGGCCCGGCCGAGCCGCAGUACUACGAUGCCUACGCGGGCGUGUUCCCCUACGUGCCCUUCCCCGGUGCCUUCGGAGUGUACGACUACCCCUUCGAGCCCGCCUUCAUCCAGAAGCGCAACGAGCGCGAGCGGCAGCGGGUCAAGUGCGUCAACGAGGGCUACGCGCGCCUCCGCGGCCACCUGCCGGGAGCGCUGGCCGAGAAGCGGCUGAGCAAGGUGGAGACCCUGCGCGCCGCCAUCCGCUAUAUCAAGUACCUGCAGGAGCUGCUGAGCGCCGCCCCCGACGGCGCGCCGCCCUCCGCCUCCCCGCCCGACUGCCCCGGCGACCGUGACGCCCGGGCGCCCGGCUCCCUGGUGCCCGAGUCGUGCGAGUCCUCCUGCUUCUCCUCCUCGCCGUUCUUUGAGUCGGAGGAAUCCAGCCACUGAGCGGGGACCGGGGCUGGGUGGGGGGAUCCGCCAGGGCCGUCCCACUCCCGAGAGCAGCCCGGGGACUGUCGGGUCACCCGCAGCGUGGCGCAGGCCCCUGGCGUUUGCGGGUCCGCGGCGCUCCGGUGUCUGCGACACCGUCCCUCCGCCACCGGCACCACCGACCCCAUUCCUUCCAGCUUGGGGCAGAGGUGCAGGGAUAGUGAUAGAGGGGCACCACAGAGAGCGGAGGAGCCCCGGGGGUGCAGUGAGAGCGCAGGGCCCCGGGGAAGUUCCGGGUGCGCGCCGUGCCCGCUCCAGGCGGCAGGGGGCAACCCAGGACGGCUAUCCCUGGGUCGGCCUCCCGCUCUGCUCCAGCCCCGCGCUGCGGAAGGUCGGAGCUCAGCUCCCGCUUGUGCACCACCCGCUGUGGUGGCCUCUUCGACGUCGACCUUUGUCGCCACGGGUGCAGCCCUGUGUCUGCGACGCCCCAGGAGGCCGGCUGGUCUUUGGAUGGGAUGAGCCGUGCCCUUGCUGUCCACGAGAUGGCCUCAAGUCCUAGCGUCUACUUUGGGAGCUUGCUUGCCACCCCCGGCUCCCCCUCCCCCCCCGCCCCAGAGGAACCCAGCCGCCCAGACAGGAGGCCAGACUGCUGCUUGCACUUCUCCCAGAUCAGACUUGGGAAGAGGCCAAGUGCAUGCCUUGGUGACGCACUCUGGCUUCCAUGAUGGAGGGCCAUUACCCACCCCCACCCCUAACCUCCAGUGUAGCCUUUUCAUCCUUUUUUCCCCCAGGUUGCUUGAGGACUGCGUUAAUUUUCCCCUCAGACUGUAUCCCUCUGUGGGCAAUGGGACCCUAUGGCGCUGUGUUUGUACCAAGAGGCUAAAUAAAAGAUUUGUUGA